AUGGCUCACCGGGGCGAGGCGAUCGAUGCGGUGGGGGCGCGACGCGCCGCCGACUUCGCUGCUUUCGUCGCUGUGUCCUCUCCUGUGUGCGGUGGCGAUUUUGCCGAUUUGGGGCCGAGCCGUGGACAGCCUGGGUAUUUCACGGUUACAGCUGGUCCCGCCCUCGUGGACCUAUACGAACCUUCGAGAUUGGUUGCGCUACUCCUCCUCCCAGCCGUGAGCCGUCCGAUCAUCUAUCUACCAUAUAAUUCACCAACUACACUCCUAUACAAACCUCAUUCAUCAAAUCCGACGGUCCAGAAUCAUCCAAUCCAAUGGCUCCUAUCAUCCCACGUACCCCCUCAACCUCCGCGAGCAGAAACCACCGCACCUCAGCCGAAAAUCACGCCGCUCGCCCAGAUCGCUCCGCCUCCCCUCGCCCAACCUCCUCGCUCCGUCCCUCUCACGCCAACUGCAGCGCAGCCACCGGCGCCGUCGAUUCCGACGCCCUGCCUUUGCCGCCGGCGCCCCUCCCCGCCGACCGCCUCCAGAUCGACGCCGCCGCUCCCGGACGCCGCCGCCGUCGCCUCGCCUCGCCCGAUCCCGGACGCCGCCGCGACUCACGCCGACGCCCCGACCCCACGCCAACCGGCUACGCUGCCUCGUCCCUCACGCCAAUCGUCGAUCCACAUCUACGACCGCCGGCUUUCUCCUCCGCGGGCGCUGCUGACCGCCGAUCCACAUCCACAUCGAGGACAGCCAAGGAAGCCAGCGACAACCUCCUCUGCGGGCGCUGCCGACAGCCUCCGCCGCCCGCAUCGCCGAUCUACUCCACGCCGACUAUCUCCUCCGCGGUCGCUGCCGACCGCCGAUCCACAGCGAGGACAGCCGAACCACAUCCACACUGCAGUCCCUGGAGGCGAGCCACCAACAACAAGGAUUUGCGACUUCAGAUCAGUUCGAACAGUAGCUUCCCACCCACAUAACCUCCUUCCCUGCAUUGAAGGAUAUAUUGACUUGUUGAAUACCGCCAUCGUCGCCACAUCAGCCUGGCCGCCAUCUGGUUUCUUUUGCCCUGAUGUGAUGAACACAUCUGAAGGAGAGCAGCAGAGUAUUCACGUACAUGUGGCAAAGCAGCAGGUGAGGAUAAUCAUUUUAUCACCAUAGUCAAAAGUAUGCCCCAAAAAUUAUUGCCAGUGGUUGAUUAGGAGACAAUUAGAUUGAAUAUCUUUAUAGAAAUAGAUGGAUAUUGUGUACUUCAGUCCUUGCAUGCUUUCAGAUUUGUAUGCUAAAUUUUCCUGUAGAUGCAUAUGCUGAAUGUUUCCUGUAAAUGCAUAUACUGAUUUUUUUUAUAUACAAAAGUAUAUACUGCAAUGUCUCCUAUGUGCCAUUUUUUUUCA